AUGCUGGGAUUCGGGGCGGAGCGCUUGCGGGCUGACAUGAAUCGUUUGCUCGCAUUACUCUUCCACCAGGGAGUGUUGGAUGAGCAAUUUUUGCAGCUCCAGCAGCUCCAAGAUGAAUCCUCUCCAAACUUUGUUUCUGAGGUUGUUAACAUAUACUUCCACGAGUCUGAGAAGCUAUUGAGGAAUCUCAGAGGAUUGCUGCUGGAUAGAGAGUUCUCAGACUACAAGAAAAUGGGUACUCAUUUAAAUCAGUUUAUGGGUAGCAGUUCAAGUAUUGGUGCCAAAAGAGUCCGAAAUGUAUGCGUCGCCUUUCGCACUGCUUCCGAGCAAAGUAACAGAGCCCGGUGUUUGAGAGCCUUGGAGCUGUUAGAAUACGAGUACUGUUACCUUAAGAACAAACUGCAUGAACUUUUCCAGAUUGAGCAGCAGAGAAUCCUAGCAGCUGCAGGGAGAUACCCGCCAGUUCAGCACCACAUAGACAACCCAUAG